AUGACCAGACUGCGCUCGUUGAACUCUUUGCUCGUGGCCUAUCGCCUGUCCUCUGUCCACUCCCCACUCCGCCCUUGCGCGAGAACAGCUCUUUCAACACGCCUGCGCAGCUUCUCCAAAUCCCCGCUCCGAACCCCCCUCACACCUAGCUUUCACUCUCUCAUGCGCGUUCGCGAAGGUAAUUCGCAUUCUCCUGAUCGAGCGAGCAAAAAGCGACGAAUCACUACACCCACGCGGGGUGACCUGCACGACAUGGCGCAAACCCACCCCGCCAUUCAGCUCACGCCAAUUGAAAGCGCACUACGAACCCUCCUCCUCGACGUCGCACGGCACAUUCAAGAGAAUGGAAUAACCGAAGAAGGGAGCGAUGUGACCAAGCAUCCCGAGACGGUGUUGCGCUUCACGGGCGGCUGGGUUCGGGACAAGCUGCUUGGAGUGGACAGUCACGACAUCGACGUGGGGAUCAGCAGUAUGACGGGUUAUCAGUUCGGCUUGGCUUUGAAGGACUACCUUGACAUCCCCGAGAACCUCGAAAAAUACAAGAGGGCACUACCCAGCGGCGAAAUGAAUGAUGCAAUUGUCAGCCUCCACAAAAUCGAUGCCAAUCCCGAAAAGUCCAAGCACCUGGAGACUGUCACAACCAAAAUUUUCGGACUCGAUAUUGAUCUGGUCAAUUUGCGUAAGGAGACAUACACAGAGGAUAGUCGAAAUCCCCAAAUGGAAUUUGGGACGGCGGUCGAAGAUGCAUUACGCCGAGAUGCGACAAUCAAUGCGCUUUUCUACAAUCUCAACGAGGCACGACUAGAAGAUCUGACAGAGCAAGGGCUGAAUGACAUGAAGAAAAAGAUCAUUCGCACUCCAAUGGAGCCCUAUCAGACUUUCAAGGAUGAUCCGCUCCGUGUGCUUCGACUGAUUCGGUUCGCUAGCCGCUUGGAAUAUCAAAUCGACGAGGAGGCUGAAAUGGCCAUGCGGAAUGAGGACAUCAGUGCCGCCUUGAAGCUUAAAAUCAGCAAGGAGCGCGUCUUUACUGAGCUCGACAAGAUGCUGCGCGGCCCCCACCCUCUCCAAGCUUUGCAGUUUAUUGAUCGAAUCGGGCUUUACUCUACCAUUUUCGCAAACCACCAGGAUGAUAUAAUGGCCAGCACAACCACCUGGCCAUUGGCAUACAACGCACUCCAGCGACUAUUACAUCCCGAGUCGGGGGAUCUUCAGGCUGAGAUCGAACGUCUUCGCAAAGCUCUUGUGCUUGACGAAUCUAGCACCUACUAUUCCUGGAUAAUCGCUGCCUUUGCUCCAUGGACAUCGAUCCCUGCGCGAGUCGUCAAGAGCUCUAAUUCAAAGCCUGUUCCUACACGUCCAGUCGAGGUUGGUCGCGAAAGCCUCCGUUGCGACAACAAAACCCUGAACAUACUUCGCGAUGCGACAUUGAAUUACGAGGAUAUUACUCGGUGCAAGGCUUCUUUAGCCGGCAACGCGAUCCAUGGGACCCCGGCAGAGAUCCGGCAGCAGGUUGGGCUGCGCAUUCGAUCCUGGGGCAGAGAUUGGAGACUGUGUAUGAUCUUGGCCAUUCUUCAAGAAGUAAUGCAGGGACGUAACUUUACUGAGGUGGUCAAAGAGUAUAACCAAUUUCUUGCGUACGUCGUAGAUAAUAACCUGGACGAAGUUUGCGAGCUCAAGCCACUCGUCAACGGUGCCGAGAUCAUUGAGGCGUUGGGCGCCAAGAAGGGACCCUGGAUGAGCCGGGCGACGGCGAUGGCGAUGGAAUGGCAGUUGUUGCACCCGCAGGGCGAGAAGGCGGAGGCGCUGGCCGCGAUUUGCGGGCGCCGCGGCGAGUUGGGGCUCUGA